CGUUUUCGUCAGUUGGGCCGCGGUGUUUGAGUGCAUGUGGUGCGUGAUGGCCGCUCAUCGGGGCACCUCAGCAGCUUUUAGUGCUAGUGUCCACUGUGUAACUGAAUUCUUGUUCUUAUAGGAUUUCUCGUUUGUCAUGCAGCAGUGGCGUGGCUGCGGGACGCUGAGCAAAACAAACAAGACGGAGGUGGCCGGGGUGCUUCCUCCACCAUGCUGCCCAUCAGGGAGACCUUUGAAGAGGCGGAGCUCACAGGAACCUGCGGCCACAAGUACAAGGUCCUCAAUGUGUACACCAAGAAAGGCACCAAUGUGUUCCCACGGCGACGUCUGUGUGAGAUUGUGUCAGAGGCUGGCCAGCGUACCAUCAUUAAGGCCAAGAGCUCUGGUGUGGUUACACAAGUCCUUGUUACUACUGGGGACUCCAUAGCAGAUGGGUGUGAGAUUGUGGAGGUAGAGGCUUGUGGACACACUGCCCUCAUGGGUAACAUCUGCUGUGACUGUGGCAUUCUACUGCGGGAAGAGGACUUACCCAAAACUGAGGCUGUCAGCAUGCUCCAUUCUGUCCCCGAUCUCAAAAUAUCCCGUGGGGAGGCACAGAAGCUUGGUCAAGAGGACAUAAGAAAUCUCUUGAAGCAACAGAAGCUGGUUCUUCUGGUGGAUUUAGACCAGACUCUUAUCCACACCACUAAUGACAAUAUUCCUGCCAACCUCAAGGAUGUUUACCACUUCCAGCUCACUGCUGGGGGCCCAUGGUAUCAUGCCCGCAUCAGACCACACACAAGAACUUUUCUUGAGAAUAUAUCCAAGUAUUAUGAGCUCCAUAUCAGUACAUUUGGUGUCCGAGAGUAUGCACACCACAUUGCACACUUUCUUGACCCCGACCACAAGUUAUUUGGCCAGCGAAUUCUUUCUAGAAAUGAGUGUUUGAACCUCAUGUCCAAGAAGGCUAAUCUUGACUCCCUGUUUCCCUGUGGAGACAACUUGGUUUGCAUCAUUGAUGACCGAACAGACGUAUGGAACUUCUCCCCAAAUGUGGUGCAAGUGGCGCCUUACCACUUCUUCCGGCACACAGGUGAUAUCAAUGCUCCUCAGGGUCUCCAAAAAAAAGAGCGUGAUGAUCGUGAUGGCAUUGAUUUCAAGAACCUCAAGAAGGAAAUCAUCAAGCCUGUUGUCUCAACUGGAGAUGAGAAGAAAGAGAAGAAAAGGGUCAGCAGCUCUGACUCAGAUGCUGCUGAAACUCAACCCUCACCACAGUCUCCCACAACAUUCCAGCAAGGAGCUAGUGAAGUCACUGUUGAUGGAGAAAGAGGACCACUCUCAGACACAAAGUCUAAUGAAGACUCAGGUAAUUACAGUGGGUCAGAUGAGAGUUGGGAAUCUUCUCCAGAGGCUGUGGAAUCCAGCCCAGAGGGCCAGGACUCUAGCUUAGGAGUGCAAGAAUUGAGUGUAGAAAAAAAUGCAACACCAGAAAAUCAAGAGUCUAACUCAGAGACCCAAGAAUGUAAUCCAAGGAAAGAAACUGAUUCUGAAGAUCAAAAAAUGUCAUCAGAACCCAUGGAUUCUAGUAUAGGGACUGGGGAAUCUACUCAAGAAAAAAAGGAGGUAUGUUCAGAUGGAAAUUCUGUAUCUACAGUUCAAGAAACUGAUUCAUCUUUAGAACUGAAUCCCAAGUCUCAGCAACUUAAUACAGAGACUCAGAAGGAGCAGAAAAGCACUGGGAUCCAUGAAGAAGCUAAGGAUACAGAUUGCAGUAAAGAAAGUGAAAGCGAAGUUAAGGAAACUAGUGGAAAUGAAAAGGCAGACCAAGUUCAGGAUGACCAGGAGUCACCCUCUAGAGAGUUUGAGGAUCAGCUGACCCAGCAGCAGUGUCAGGCCAUAUCCCAGCAGCAGGUCUUUGAUGUGGUUGACAAUGAUGAUUACUUGCUUUACUUGGAGGACAUUCUGAAAAAGAUACAUUCUGUGUUCUUCAAAGAAUAUGAGGCAAGCCUUGUGGAACAAGAGGAUGAUAAAAAACAAAAGGAACAGAUACCAGCACAGAAGGGAGCCACACUGGAUCAGAGACCACUGCCAGACCUGAAGAAGAUAGUUCCGGGUGUGAAGAAAGAUGUACUGCGUGGUGUCUGCCUGGUGUUUUCUGGAGUUGUGCCACAGCAGGUUAAGCUGAAGGAAUCCAAAGCCUAUCUUAUUGCCUCUGCCUUUGGGGCUGCAGUGAGUGAUAAGUUGGUAGUGCGUGGAGAAGCAGGGAUCCCAACCACACACCUGGUGGCAGCUAACAGACACACUGAAAAGGUCAAUGCUGCCAGAAAGAUGAAGUCCAUCAAGAUUGUGACACCCAAUUGGUUGUGGAAAUGUACUGAGCGGUGGGAGUGGGUGGAGGAACGGCUCUUCCCUCUCACCAAAGAGACAGAGAAGGAGGUGCAGCGAGUGCCACCUCUCCAUUGUUCAAACCCUGAUGCUGCAUGGCUCAGGUCCAAUGAUCUCUCUGAUUCUGUAGCUCCCCAGAGGAUGAGAACUCCUAGUGGUAGCCUCCUACAGGAUAUCAAUCCUCUUGUAUACUUAAGCUCAGAUGAUAAGAACAACAUGGAAGAUGAAGUAGAGAAGAUUCUCAGUGAUGACAAUGAUUCUGAGGGUGAGUCUGAGUCUGAAGCAUCAGAAGACAACUCAGACUCCAAUGACAUGGAAGAAGGUGGUGAUGAGGAUGAAGAGGAGGAAGAUGAUGAUGAGGAUGAGGAUGGGGAGCCAAAGAAGAAAAAACGAAAAUCCAAUGACUUAGGAGAUGAGGAAGAUGAGAAUGAAGAUGAACUACCAAGUGUAACUUUCCGGCAAGGGGGUCAGCUACCUAGCGAUGACAGCAACUCUGACGAGGAGGAGGAUGAUGAAGGAGAUCUACGGAGGAUGGGAGCUGAUCUCGAAAACCUUCUUAAUUAAGAUAGCUUCCUUCAAGACUCCCAUCUGCUUCUCGUUCUUUACUCCUCUAUCUGAUAAGUCUUAAUAUGUUCUCCUCUUGUUCUUUUUUCCUCCCUUCCUCCUAUCUCUUGCUCCUGUCACCUCCUCUUCCAUCUUUCCCAGUUAGUACAAAUGUAAAUAUUGGUUUUACAUGUUUAACAAAGGCUUAUUAAAAAUAGCUUGUGUAUAGGAAUGUGAAGAAAUUCAAGUGAAUGAAGGUAUCGUACAAAAUGUGAAAGUGCAGUCACCUACCCAGAUUUUAACCUUAGAAAUGAUUACCUGUUCAUUUCAGAACAUUAUUGGUAUUGAUGCCUCUUUUUAGGUUGUGCUAUAAGUAUUUCUUUCAAUUGUAAAGGGCUUCAGCUGUCAACAUCAUAAAUGCUUUAGUCAUAUCUGGCCUAUGGAGAAAUUUAUAAUUAUGAACUUAGGUAGCAGAAAAUUCUGAAAAGAAUGAAAGAAAAGAAAAAAAAAUAUGAUAAUGUGGAUUGAUUGAAAGGAAUGAUAUAUUUAAAAUUUGGUGAUAUUAUUUUACGUUACAAGAAGUUGAAGCAAUUUAACUUUUACUCUGCCAACUCGAGAAAAGGUACUAGCACAAAGAAAGUGCUUUGUGCCGAGGAUUGAACAUUAAGGUUCACUGAUUUGUAUAUUAUGCUGUACUCAGACUUGCUAAUACUAAAUACUUUGUUACCCUAUAUGAGUAACUUUUUAAAUUGUAAUAGAUCUUCAACAUUGUUUUGGUACAAUAGUUUUAUGGAAUUUAGGUGUAGGAAUAGAGACCAGGUAGGCUAUGUCUCCCUCAGUCUUCUGGGUAGAGGGAUUUGUAAUGUUUGGCCUCAUUUUAGGGCUAUGGAAGUACUGCAUUUUAAGCCUUUUAGGCCAGUUUUAUUGUGGAAGCAUGGGUACAAAGUAAGACCUUACAUAUCAGAUACCUGUUUCUAAGAACUUCCCUUAAAGGGAUGGCCAUUAUAGGGUUUUACAGGACAUCAGCCAGUCAUCUCUCAAAAGGAAGGCUGGGAAACAUUGUGGAAGAACCGACUACAGUAAACCCAGGUAGCAGGGAUUUGUACUGUUAUGCUAGCAACAACUGGUUCUCAUUGGCAAGCAAUUUUUUGUAUCACAGCUACUAACAUUCAGGCUCAAUAUGAGUAGAACAUCUUUGGUUUCUCCAAUGCCCAUAACAGGCUUCAUAGGUGCCAAAACAAAGUUGAAACAUUAUGGGGAAUAUGCAAAUCCUAAGAGUCCCUAAGGAGAUUGUGGUUUACUUUACACUACCCAUUUCAUAUAUCCAUCUGGAGGCAGAAUGUGUCAUGAGUGUCAUCAAUGUGUAUCUGCCUCAUGUGAAGCAGAAAUGAAUGUGCAUCUGUGGAGUUAAAGUGCUGUUACUAUUAUUUAUGAAGCAGUAUGUAACAAGUUUUGAGUUGCUGAAAUUAUAGUUUCUUAGAACUAACUGAAAUACUGUAUAUUUAUGAUUUUCUCUCCCUAUGAGACCUUGAAUUAUGUAGUAUUAUUAAAAUUAUUUGCCCUAAAUCAUGGCACAAGUAUCAGCAAGGUAAAAUUUUCAUCCCCCACCGUAGCCUCCAGCCCUUCCCCCUUAUUAUAUGCAACUCCAAAACAUUGCAUAAAAAAUAGCAGCUCAAUUCAUGAGACUUCAUUGCUAGGGCAGAAACAGGUAAAUGUGCAGAGGGCAUCCUCAGAAUUUAUCUAGCACUAGUUAGACACCACCUAGGUUAUGGUAUUUAUUAAAAAGUGCACCUAUCUCAGUGCAGCAAUUUUUAUCUUUUUUAUCAGCUAGAGCUCCUCAUUCUGAGUAUUUUGAUCCUUAUGUACCUUUUAGCAGACAUUGCUACUACUUGUGUUAUGAUCUUUCGUAAAUACAAUCCAUGUCUUUAAAGGUGAGAAAAUAAUAAACAAGUUUCGAUCAGUUCGUGGAAGUUGUAUCAUUUCAAUAAUUCAAAACUUCAUGUAUAAAUAGUGACAAUGCACUCCAUCUUAACAAAGGAUAUCUGACAGCUCCACUUAAUUUUCCCCACAGUUGUUUGAGAUUGCCUUUGUAGGAGCAUGGGCUUUAUUUCUAAUGACAGCCCAUUAUUUUUCUACAGUGAUGUUAUUGAUGACAUUCCAACUUCAGAUGGACAUAUGAAACAGUGUGAAGUGAGCCUACAACUCCAGCCAGACAACUUUGAGUGUUCUGGACUUAUCACAGUUGACCUAUUCCUGGUGUCAACACUCAUCCACAUUGACCCAGCUGUAUGUGCACUUGUGAACAAAGGUGGGCAUUAUUGCAAUAAAUUAUUGCAAUAAUUUAUUGCAAUAAUGUAAAGUUAUCAUUUAUCCGAUAAUUAUUUUCCCUGCAUUAUCAAUUCAUUGGUAUCACCAGUACUUUUGGUUCCAUACUAGUGAUAAUCGAUAGUUUUAAUUAUUUUUUCUGUGUUAUCAAUUCAUCAGUAUCACCGAUACUUUUGGUUCCAGACUAGCUAUAAUCAAUAAUUUUAGUUUUUGGAACACGAGCAUGUUGAAGUUUUAAAACUUUCGAAAUCAAAUGUAGUUAUUUUGCUUAAAACAGCACUUUUCAUUUGUGAAGAGACAGGAUAAACAUUGAAUUUGAAGUUUUUUCUAAGAUUUUUUUUUUU